CGCCGCCGCCGCCGCCGCCGCCAUGGAUUGGAUGACGGGCGUGCUGGACCGCUUCUACUCGGUACCGGACAUGGCGCAGCCCCAGGUGACCAUCAAGGAGGAGGUGCUGGACAGCCUGGAGCUGGGCGGCAGCCUGUACUGCCCGAGCAUGGCCGAGACGGAGCCGCCGCCGCCGGCCGCCGCCGCCGGCUCGCCGGCCGCCGCCCGGCCCGUCAAGGAGUGCGGCGUGUGCGGCGACAAGGCGCUCGGCUACAACUUUAACGCCAUCACCUGCGAGAGCUGCAAGGCGUUCUUCCGCCGAAACGCGCUCAAGACCAAGGUGAAGGUGGAGUGA